AUGGCUGCCAGCACAAGUUCUCUUUGCGGUAGCGACUCUGACGCUCAGGGGCCCCCCAGUGCCUGGGCUACUCGGCAGAGCCCGGAGGGGGCCGCGAACCCCGCGCCCAUCCGGGCCGACCCGUCCGUGCUCGCUGCGAACCCCACGGAGCCCAGCAAACGGUGCUCGGCUGACUCUCCUCGUUCCCCCGCCACGCUUCGGAGUCCUCGCGCACACCAAGUGCCGCCGCCGCUGCGAGCAAGGAGCUCGGAAUCAAAGCAGAAGCUCUGCGCCCGUAGGCAUAUUCCUCGCGGCUCCAAGCGUCCAACUGCAGACUCCCGGCUGGACGACGCGGCCACCCCCGCAGUGCUCCAAGGGCCCGGUGCGCCUAGCUGUCCCAGCGCCUCAGGCAGAGCGCGCCCGCGCAGUUCCGGGCUACGCACGCUCCUCCGUUUAGCUAGAACCCCGCAGACCUCGCGGCCGAACAAUCAGCCUCUCGCCGCUCGCUUCCCCACGGCCCAGCCCGGGCCGGUCCCGAAGCCCCGCCCCCGGCCGCUCGCCCUCACACACCCCCUGGGCUCAGCCGCCCGCGGCCUCCUGCCGGCCCACGUUGGAUGCUUUGCAACAGCGCCCCGCCCCGCCCCCGCCUGCUGUUCAUUGGCUGCCGGGGUCCACGGCGGCCAGUUUGGGCGCUCAUUGGAGCGUUCACCAUGA